AUGUUGUUAGGAUUAGUUCGACCUGCAGACUCACAGAUGAUCAAGACAACCCAAGCGAAGAGGAAUCAGAGAUACCAGUUACUUCACGCCAGCGCUGUAAGUACCGAGCCUCUACUGAGGGAGACGGGUCCCGUUCGCCAGCGGGAUGUAGCCCUCACUGCCUCAAUCCAAGCUUAUCUGACUGUAGACUAUACUCACGGAGCGAUAGAUCCUCGAAAUAACUACAUUGAUCCAACCUCGACUGUUUCGUCCAUUGGUGGACAGCUAAAAGAUCAAACUCGCUCAGGUGGUUUCAAGUUCACACUUGAUAGUGCACGGACCGGAUCGCGGUGUAUCAGGACUUUUCCAGUUGCUCAACACUGCUCGACUCUUGACAAUUAUCGUUCACGCUUCACUGCACUACCCAUUCGAUCUGUCGAGCACCAAAUAGAUUACUGGUCACCGAGUGUAUCCCUCGAGACUAGCCUGUUCGCUGGCCCGAACAUCAACACGCAAGAGUAUCGGAAGCUCCACUAUUCGAAUCGUGCUGAACGAAACCCUCGUGAACAGGAAGGCGCAAAAAUGCCAAUGAGCGACGCACUGGACUCGGUGUUCGAGAGAUUGAGGCUUGAGAAGUACCUGGACGAACGGCCGCUCGCAGGCAGCCUCAGAAACCAAAACCCUCCUCUGUUCUCAGGGCGGUCUCUUAAGCCUUCGGUUAGCGCAGAGGCGAACCCAGGUCGAAGUCGUCUGGAUCAGCAGAAUGACGGACUCGGUCGGCGGGAUCGCGAAGAGGUUGCGGACUUGACAGCAGAGCUGCACCACCGCACAAACGCUUUACACGCACAGCUCCGACAAGCAAGCAUGGAGCCAGAGACAUGGCGAGCUAAAUGUACCCCGCUCGAGAAUCAGUCUCGAGCGAAGAAUGAGUCUCUCGAAGAGACGAGCAAGCUCCUCGGAUUGGCCAGUGUUCGCCUUCUUUCCGAUGCAACGACCAUCAAGACACUAGAGGAUGAUCUGUCCAACUUGUCUCUUCAGCUCGAUGCUCGGACCAAGGAGCUCGAUGCCGAGCGAUCACUGCGGGAAGCAGCUGAUGCCGCUCGAGUUGAUGCCGAAGUGAAGGAAAUGAGUGCUUGCAAGCAUCAAUCGACGCUUGCCAAGCACUUGCGGGAAGCCAAUGACAAGUUGGCAGAGGUCCAAAAAUCGAAGGAUCAAGAAGCUGAAGGGAGAAUGAAAGCUGAGAAACGAGCAGUAGAUGCUGAGCAAGCGGCACGACGUAAUGGCAGGUGGGGUCCACCUGUGAAUGCUCGGGUCGUGGCGGAGUUGCAAAACCACAUCAAGAAUCUCAAAGGUUCCCUCGAACGAUGCAAUGUCCAGUUGGCUGAUUCCAAAGCAAAGACAGCCAGGCUGAAAGACAAGAUUGAGCAGAUCAGAGCCGACAAUACGGGCCUUCGAGCAAGAAACGACGAGUUGACUCAGCAUGCUGAAAUGCAACGCAAGGCCGAGGACGAUCGCAAUCAGUCUCGAAAGCAUCUGCAAGCCGCUGAGAGUGCAUUGACCGAGCACAAAGCACGUAAUCAAGCAUUGCAGGAGCGCCUCGACGAGGCAGUCGAGAAUGGGCAGCUGCUGGCGGGACAGAUUCAGGCGGAAUCGACAGGGAGUCUCAGCAGCCAGUUGGACCCUGCGACAGAACGAGGGGUUCCUCGAGCGACCUCAGAAGUGAUAAGCAAUGGCUCGAGUGAUAUCGUCUCCACCGGUAUCAAAGAGCCAAACACUGCAAGGGCCCAAUCGACUGCUUUCAGAUUUCCAACUAUGGUGGCGCAGAUGAAAGACGAUCCAAUAUUUGAAGAGGCGACGACGAUUCCCUCCCAGGCCGAGAUCUCUGAUCACACCAACGCGAAGCAAGAGAUGGAUCCGAUUAACAUCGCCCCUACGCAUGUCCGCCUGGGACCGACAUCCUUGGGAGACCUGUCAUCUAUCAGCUCAGGCAUGACUGAACUAGCUGCCAUCGGCCCAGGGACGAACACCGCCCCAAAGGAUCACUUUAUCCAUUUGUCUCAAGCGCGAGCAUCUCGCGAUCCUUACAUUGGUCUUGAGAGUGUUUUCGUUCAUUCUACUCUUCCUGUGUCACCGCCGAUAGCUGCUAGUCCAGUUUCGUCCCGCGGAAGAGAGCCUAAAACGUUCGACCAUCUACUCGAUCAUCUUCAAUUAUCGUCUCAAACCCUUCAGCCAAGUGUCGGUGGGAAUAGCAGACAAGAGACAACCAAUUUUCUCCUGUGA